AAUGGAUACAAAACUAUAUAGUUAUUGAAUUCAUUGUUUAUAUUCGAUUAAAUUUCCUAAGUAGGAUGCGAUAAUUGGAUUAAUUAACUGAUUUUCAUGAAAUCCUUUAUAAAAAAUUGAUAUUCCACAAAUAAGUUAACAUUAGGAGGAUAUUGUUCUAGUACAUGAACUUAUUUCUUAUGAACAAUGAUAAGACUCAGGCCAACAUUAGUCUUGUCAUGGCUCGCAGUGGCUACAUUUGCUGCCUCAUCUCCAAUUAAAGCGCCCCAGAUAGCCUCGGGUAAGGACCAUUAUUCAAGAGCCUUGCCUAGUGUUGUUCAUACACCUAUCCCUCUUGAGGGGUCAAGAGGGCAAGACAUUAGUGUUGUCCCUGCACCUAUACCUCUUGAGGGGUCAAGAGGGCAAGACAUGUCAACCGAGGCACGAAUAUCUCCUGAUGUCAACAACAAAAUACAAAUUUUGACUUCUAAUUCUAAAAAUCAUGUUAAAGGAAACGACCCCCAUGGCAGUCGUAUGGAUGGAUCCAAAACGGAAAAUAUUAUUGGAAGAGAGGCCACAAGUUUUGAAGAAUUGGACGAAGCGGAGAUGAACGAAGAAGCUGUGAUUAGUUUGCAAAAAUUAGAAAGCGUAAGUGCAGAAGAGAAAGGUUUGGCAGCUUUGAAAAUCACAGAAACACAAGAGGCUCCUUCAGAUGACCAGAAAGGACUGGAAAAAACAGCCGAAAUUGAUAACGAAGAGACAACGGGACCUUUAGUGGAACGUUUACCUGCAAGUAAAAACAAUGUUCCAUUGACUGUAAGUGAUGAUCGUCCAUCAGAGAAGAUCCAUACUGAGCAACAGACAGGUAAAAAUUACAUGUCCUUAUCGAUGGACCAAGAAAUUUCUGCAUCACAGAACGUUGAAGGAUCUUCUGUUGAACUCUCGGAAAACAAAGACUCGGUCGAAAAGACGGGAAAACAAGAUACAUAUUCCGAGGGAGAUAGAGAGCAAUCAUCUAUCAAAGAAACAUUGAAUACCGUAGGAGAAAAUCUCGAAAAUUACCAAGAUUUGCCUAAUCAACCUGACUACCAAAAAUCAGUGAAUCCGUUUAAUCAGCAACAAUCAGAUAAUCCAGCUGGUAGCGUGUCACCUAACCAGGACCACAUUCCACAGUCUGCAGCCAAAAACAAUGAAAAAACUUCAUUACAUGAUGUAGUUCAAGAGUUUCCAGCAGAGGACGAACAAAAACAGGUUCAAAAAGUUACAGUUAAGGAGACUGGGGCAAUCGGAGAUCAGAACAGCAAAAUCGUAAGUCAAAAGGUAGCACAUCCUACGCACGCGUUAAGGGGCGGUGAUGCGAUUACUAAUAAACAAGGUGGUACAAAAAGAGUAAAGGAAACCAGUAAAUUGCUGCCAGAAACAGUUGAGCGAAAAAAUCCUUUGGCUAUGUUCCCACAACUGAAUCCUGAUAUCUCAGCUGCGAAAAAUGCGAUGUCUUCCGAGGAACACCUAUCGCAUGGUUCAAAUCCUGUUCUUGAUAACGUAGGAGUUGUAGAUGUUUCAUCGUCACCCGUUACAUUGGAAAGCAGGCCUCACAUCUCUGCACCUGAGGCUAACGGCAACAUGAGUUCUCAGUCUAAACAGAAAGUUCACCCCAAGUUGAGAGGUGGCGCAACUCAUCCAAAAAAUGACCCUGAGUCAAGAAAUCACGACUCAAGCAAUAUUGUACAUUCAAGUCCUCAAAAUACUAACAAUGUUCCAUCAGUUAACAAUAAUUUACAUCCAAAAUUGAGGGAACAAAAGGGAGAAUCAAACGGUGAAAAUUUCAAUUCAAUAAAUGGUGAAUCAAAACAUCCUAAAUUAAAUGGAAGAACUGCAAGUAAAGCUUCAAAAAAAUCCAAUACCAACUCGGAAACCGAUUCGAAAAUAGAAGAAGCUGUGGCAGAAGCAACGAGUCUUGAAAAUAACCAUUUGGCUUUGGGCAAAACGUCACCCAUGCUUGUCACCAAAAGUCCAGGGCCGGAAAUUAUAAGCCCAACUUAUUUACCCGGCAGUAAAAAUCCUACUCUAUCUGACAUUAAAAGUCCUGUUCCUCAAGGAAAGAGCCCUAUUGUCCCUGUCAUUAAAAGUCCUGUUCUUGAAGAAAAAACUCCAACCAUUCCCGUAAUAAAAAGCCCAGUGCCCAAUGGAAAAAGUUCUUCGUUUUCCGUGACAAAUAAACCCGAUUUUUCAUUGAAUCACAAAGUAAUUCAAAAAGAAAGUUUAAACGCUCCAAAGCCUAAGCAGAAAGAGGUUUUUAAUUCUCAAAUGAGCUUCGACAUAUCAGAGGCUGCCAAGAAUGCCGAGAAAGUUUUAAUGAAAACGAGAAAUCGAAAUAAAGAAGCACAUCCAAAAAGCGAAGAAGGUAGAAACGAUGUCAAAAACGCGAAGGAUGCGAAUCAGAAUCGGGGAGUCAAGUCCCAUAAGUCAAAAAAUAAGAAAGCGUCUGACAUGAUGGCCACCAUCGCCAUCAUCCUCAUCACCCUCAUCACCAUCGUCACCAUCAUCGGGGUCUACUGCAAAAAACUCUCUUUGUUGGUUUGCAGGUUCACGCAGCAGAGGUACGGGCCGCUCAGCACGGAAGAGGAGGACGAACUGCCGCUCUACAGCAGAUACGAGCCGCCCUACGACGCCUGGAAGCAGAUGUCGUGAGCUACCAGCCGCCCUACGACGCCUGGAAUAGAUGUCGUGAGCUACCAGCCGCCCUACGACGCCUGGUGGCAGAUGUCGUGAGCUACCAGCCGCCCUACGACGCCUGGAAGCAGAUGUCGUGAGCGGGUAACAAGUAGUUAUACGAGUACCACGGAACACUUCGCAAAACAUGAACCUUCUUCCUAACCUUUGUUAACGCGCCAAUGGUGGCAAGGCCCCUCCUUACAUAAGUUUGAUUUUUGUGACGGAUGAAAAGAGUUCUGAACUGGCUCCGUUUCUAUUUAAUAUUUUGAA